ACUCAGAAGAAGCGAGUCUCAUUUCACUGUCAGCAGUCUGACACUGAACCGGAGCUCAGCGCCGAGCAUGAACCGGAUGUGAAGCUGAAGGUGAUGCGGAACCUCCAGGUGGCCGAGUCCGUCACCAAAUCCUGCAAACACCGCGUCGCUCCGGCGAGGAGGAGGAGGAGGAGGAGCGGGAAUCAAGCCGUCAACCUGCUCCAUUAAUGAGCGCUGCCGGGGCGAGCGAGCGGAGGAGAUGGGCUGCGCUCCCAGCAUCCACGUCUCGCAGAGCGGCGUCAUCUACUGCCGAGACUCGGACGAGUCCAACUCCCCGCACCAGACCACCACCAUCUCUCAGGGCACCAUCCACGGACUCUUCAUCAAGACGGACGCGGCCGAGUCCGUGCUCGCCUACCAGAGCCGGCACUCGCGCGGCAGCUCGCAGCGGGAGCGGAGGAUCCCCGGCGGGGGACGAGCCCGCAUCGAGGCCGAGACCCAGACCAGCCACUCCAGCGUCAAGGUUUCAGCGACAGAAGAAUGUGUGGGACCCAUGAGGCUGAGCCAGGAGCCCAUCCAGGUUCUGCUGGUGUUUGCCAAGGAGGACAGCCAGAGCGACGCCCUCUGGUGGGCCUGCGACCGGGCCGGCUUCAAGUGCAACAUCGCCCGGACCCCAGAGUCUGCCGUGGAGUGCUUCCUGGACAAGCAGCAUGAGAUUGUGGUUGUGGACGGACGCAACUCGCGAUACUUUGAGCCUGAAGCAGUUUGUCGGUCCAUUCGUGCCACAAAACCGUCGGAAAACACAGUGAUCCUGGCAGUGGUGCCACAAAGGCCUGCCGACCAGGAUGAGCCGUCAGUGCUUCCUCUCCUGUGCGCCGGAUUCAGCCGGAGGUUCGUGGAGAACCACAGCGUGACCAGCUGCUACAACGAGCUGCUGCAGGUCGAGCACGGAGAGGUCCGCUGCCACUUCAAACUCAGGGCUUGUAACUCAGUUUUCACUGCGCUAGAACAAUGUCAGGAGGCCGUGGAGAUCACCAGUGAGGAGCAUGUCAUCCAGUACGUUAACCCCGCCUUCGAGCGGAUGAUGGGCUACCACAGAGGCGAGCUGAUCGGCAAACAGCUGACGGAACUUCCCAAGAGCGACAGGAACCGGGCCGACCUGCUGGACUCCAUCAACACCUGCAUCAAGAAAGGAGAGGAGUGGCAGGGAGUCUGCUUUGCCAGGAGGAAGUCUGGAGACAGCAUCCAGCAGAACGUGAAGAUCACGCCGGUCGUCGGCCAGGGAGGGAAAAUCCGCCAUUUUGUGGCCAUCAAAAGACCUCACCUUGAGAACAACAAUCAGGUGAAGAAGUUCAGCAAGGAGGAGAGGUGUGGUGGAGAACCGUCAGAGUGUUAUUCCUUGCGCCACCGUGACCGGAGAAAAGACUCCAUGGAUGCCAGGUCUCUCAGCUCCCGUGGAAGCGAUGCUCCGGGUUUACAGAACCGAAGACAUUCCUCUGUAGCCAGGAUCCAUUCCAUGACCAUCGAGGCUCCCAUCACGAAGGUGAUCAACAUCAUCAACACUGCGCAGGAGAGCAGUCCGGUGACGGUGGCCGAGGCCCUGGACCGUGUGCUCGAGAUCCUGAGGACCACCGAGCUGUACUCCCCGCAGCUGGCCUCUAAAGACGACGACCCCCACGCCAACGACCUGGUCGGCGGCCUGAUGAGCGACGGACUGCGACGUCUCUCUGGGAACGAGUACGUCUUCUCUAAAAACAUGAGCCAGAGCCAGCUGGCCAUCCCCGUCACGCUCAGCGACGUGCCGCCGGCCAUCGCCGACAUGCUGAAUGAUGAGGAGUGCUGGGACUUCAACAUCCUGGAGCUGGAAGCCGCCACACACAAGAGGCCGCUCACCUACCUCGGCCUGAAGAUCUUCACCAGCUUCGGGGUGUGUGAGUUCCUGGACUGCUCCGAGGCCACGCUCCGCUCCUGGCUGCAGCUGAUGGAGGCCAGCUACCACUCCUCCAACUCCUACCACAACUCCACGCACGCCGCCGACGUGCUGCACGCCACCGCCUACUUCCUGCGCAAAGACCGAGUCAAGAGCAGUCUGGAUCAGCUGGACGAGGUGGCGUCUUUGAUCGCAGCCACCGUGCACGACGUGGACCACCCGGGCCGGACCAACUCCUUCCUGUGCAACGCCGGCAGCGAGCUGGCCAUCCUGUACAACGACACGGCGGUUCUGGAGAGCCACCACGCCGCCCUGGCCUUCCAGCUCACCAUGCGGGACAGCAAGAGCAACAUCUUCAAGAGCAUGGACAGGACUCAGUUCCGAACGCUGCGGCAGGCCAUCAUCGACAUGGUCCUGGCCACGGAGAUGACCCGACACUUCGAACACGUCAGCAAGUUCGUCAACAGCAUCAACAAGCCGAUGGCAGCGAUCGAGGAGACCAGCACCUGUAGCAUGAGCAGCGACGGCGAGGGUCCGGCGGGCUUCAGGAACUCGCCAGAGAACCGCCUGCUGAUCAAGAGGAUGUUGAUCAAGUGUGCGGACGUGGCGAACCCCUGCAGACCCACAGAGCUCUGCAUCGAGUGGGCAGGCCGGAUCUCCGAGGAGUACUUUGCUCAGACAGACGAGGAGAAGCGGCAGGGGCUUCCCGUGGUGAUGCCCGUGUUCGACCGGAACUCCUGCUCCGUGCCAAAAUCUCAGAUCUCCUUUAUCGACUACUUCAUCAACGACAUGUUCGACGCCUGGGACGCCUUCGCCAGCCUGCCAGGUCUGAUGGAGCACCUGUCGGAGAACUACAAGUACUGGAAGAGUCUGGACGAGAUGAAGUGUAAGAGCCUGCGACCCCCACCCCCGUCUUGACCUCGGAACGACCAGUCUGUCUCCAAACAGAGAAAGUGCAGAGUCAUCGUUUUCAAGUCACCUGCUCUCUGGCCGACAGACUUUUCUCCUUGUCUUUGUUGUGUAGCUGGUGGAGUGUGGAGGUGAGGACGGAAGCUGCAGGAGGACACCUCGGCCUGGUGCGCUGACGCCACCUCCACCUCGCUAGCCAUCAGUUUUGGUUUCCUCCGUUCAGUCAUCACUGACCCGGACCAGAAGAUCGGGAUUGGUCAGAUCAGUAGCAGGAAGGAGAUGUGUCGGGAGGUUUGGUAUGAGGAGUGCCGCCACCCUGAAGUACCUCAGCGGGUCAUUAGAUGGUUGAGAACAGUGGACUGCUGAGGACACCAGUGGCCCGGGUCAACUGGGUCAGCGUCACUCUGUCUCCCAUCACCCAGUCUGGUGAUUCACUUCUGCAGAGAGGAUGUGGUGGACAUGAAGAGGACAUUUGAAGCUGGAGGAGAAAGAUAAAGUCUUCUGGGGGAGGAGGAGGAAGACAGGUGAAGACAGGACAUUUAGUGAAGGAGUCUUCUGAUGAGAGACAGGGUGUCAGUGACCUUCUCCUGUCUUCAGCCUCUUCCAGUCACACCUUCAUCGGUGGUGGUCUCAGCAGGCCUCAAACUGAGGCUGAGCAUGUGCAGAGGUGAAACCAGGCCUCUGCUCUGAGAGGAAGCCAUCACUGGUGCAGAACCAGAGUGAAGCUUCACUGACAUCUAGUAGUGAAGAUGUUUUUGACCCAUGGCAUCUGUGGGCUCCAUGAAAGUCCUCGGUCCGAGCAACAUGAAGUCAAAGUGUAUCGAUGCAGGUGGAGGAAAACCGAACAUGACUCCUAAAUAAACACGCUGCUCCUCCAAACCUGUCCCCUCUGCUCUGAAAACACUGACGUUGGUUCUCCGGUGCUCAGAUUUGUAGCUCCACAAGCCACCAGAAGAUAUUUUUGCAAGUGGAAAACGAUGAUUUCUACUCUUCUAUUUUUACAACCCUGGGCCUGUAGCUCAGAAUGCGAUGAUGCUGGUUGGUCGGGCCGUCGUGCUCUGCGUGACUCCUACCUACAAAAAGCCUUCAUCACUGGAUCAUCCUCUGCACAAGGUCAUUCUUCUGUUCAUCCUCCUCUCAAUGUUCAUCUGCCACUCAAGGUCAAUCAAUGUCAAUGCUCAAGGACAUUCGUCUUCUGCUCGAGGUCAUCCAAUGACUUCUCAAGGACCUUUUCCUUCUGUGAAGUCAUUCGUCCUCCGCUCAAUGUAGUUCUGCAUUCAAGGUCAUUCAAUGGCUGCUCAAAGACAUUUGGCCUCCAAUAAAAGUUAGUCAUGUGCCACUCAAGAUCAUAGGUUCUCUACUGAAGGAUAUUUGAUCCAUUGUCCACUGCACAACAAUGUUCUUCUGUUUAUCCUCCACUCCGUGUCCAUCAGCCACUCAAGGUGAUUCAUCCGCUGUCAUUUGUCAAGGUCAUUGGUCCUCGGCUGAAGGGUGUGCUUCUUCUGUUCAUCGUCCACUCAGUGUUCGUCCAUCAUUCAAGGCCAUUCAACAGAUGUUUGUCAUUCACCCUCAGCCCUUGGUCGCUCAGUCUUCGUCCUCUGCUCAAGGUCAUUGGGCCUCGGCUCAAGGUCGUUUCACAUGUGCCAACUGUUUUCUAUGAAUCCAAUCGUCACCAGUGUUGAUCACUACCUCUGUUACCUCUGUCAUGGCAACAUCUGCGCUUGGUGUCCUGACGUCACGUCCUGGAUCAGUGGAAGAGAAAUGUUGCGAGCAGGAGUCGAACUCUCGAGUGUCUCGGCGAGCUGUUCUCCUUCACUGCUGCUCCACUCCACGCAGCGUCCACGUCUGUGCCUAGACUUCACAGUCAGUCAGCCUGGGAUUCGAACCCGUGCAUCGUCGCCAUGUCACAGCUCUGCAGCUGACUUGUCUGAUGAAGUGAGAUUCACAUGUCUGAUUCUCAUUCUGUUCAUUAAAAAGUCUAAAUUUACAGAAACAGAAUUUCCCUCUUCUUUACUCAGCUGUUCUCGUCUUCAGGAGUCCAGAGAUCAGAACUGAAUCUUGAUUGGUGGAUUCAAACGUCCUGUUUUAUUCUCAAACAUAAAAACAAUCAAUGGUUUCAGAAACACACAAAUGAAUGCAGCAGGAACGACCUCCCGGGGUCACCGGAGGUCACAGCCCUCCGUUCUGCUCCAGUUUACGGAAGAGCGCCAGGCUGCGCUGGCGAGACUGACGCUCGCCGUUCUUCCACAGGAUCAGCAGGUGGUCGGCGGAGCAGG